ACAACGUAUUGAAUUAGUGUAUAAUAAAAUUUUGAAUUAUAAAGUUAGUAAUUGUGAACAGUAUAAAAUUAUAAAAAUGGAUAGAUUUGAUAUAAAGACGGCAACUUCUUUGAUCCCCGUCAUGGACAAUACGGAGGAAACUAUUGAAAAAAUUAUUGAUGGAAUUGAAAUGUACGAUGAAUGUCUAGUAGAUAAUACACAGAAAAAAUUAUUAAUUUCUUUUGUGUUAAAAACAAGAUUAACUAAAACUGCUAAAUUAAAAUUAAAAAGCGAAUAUAAUGACGUAAACACUUUAGUACGAGAUAUUAAGAAUUCUCUAUUGACUAAAAAAUCAGCAACUGCUCUACUUAACCAAUUGAAUAGUUUAUCUCAGAAUAAUAUGUCAAUUCAUGAAUACGGAGAUAAAUUGUCAGAGUUAUUUGUAGGCCUUACUAUCGCACAGAGCGACGGAAAUCCAAAGUCGUGUGAGAUAUUGAGACCUAUAAAUGAAAAACUUGCAAUUAAAAGGUUUGCAGAUGGUUUACGCAACAGGCGGCUAAGUACAAUUAUAUCUGCUCGAGACUACUCUGAGCUGAAGGAUGCAGUGCGUGCUGCUGAAGAUGAGGAACUUGGACAGCCUUCGUCUCCUAACAACAUAUUCAAUGCACAAAGAAAAGGUAACCAAGUCCCCUACAACAGGUUUUCUCAUAGAGGUAGAGGCGGCCGAAUGCAAAGAGGAAGUUAUACACAUCGCGGAUGGAACCAUAACAGUAUCAACAAUAACACGAAAGGUACGUACAUAAAUAAUAAUUAUAACCGUGGUCAUUAUUAUCACCGACCGACAAGAGGUUUUCGUAACAAUUUUAGUUCAAAUCGAUUUCGUGGUAGCCGUAGUAAUGAUAAUCGAAAUCAGCGUAAUAUGUAUCAGGCACAAAUCGAAAGUCCGACAGAACAUGAAACUACUAAAUUAAAUCAGUUUUUUCGGUCCUAAAAACUAUAUUUUGACUUGCGAUGAUAACGUAAAAUAUGUUUAUUUGAGUUUAGACAGUCAAAAAUAUUCAUGGUUGAUAGACACUGGUGCGUCGUUAUCAGCAAUUCGCAGUAAUACCUUAUCGGUACACAUACCGAUACAUAGAGACCCUAUUGUUAUAAACGGUAUAGGUGGUAAGACAUACUCGGAAGGUUAUGUUUAUUUAACUUUGCAAGCAUUAGACGGAACUAGUUAUGAACAUAA